AUGAGCGAGGGGCAUCUCAGAAGAGUAGACCCCUACAUGGUGGAGAUGAAAAUUAAUGGGAAAGGUGUGCGUUUCGAAAUAGACACCGGCUGUAGUCUCACAGUUAUGAAUGAGCAGACAUUACAAAAGCUUUGGAAAGAUACCAAAUGUCCAACAGUGAAGCCAGUGAAAAUCCAUUUGGAGACUUAUACAGGCGAUCCUGUUAAAGUGAUAGGAGUGGCAUCAGUCAGAGUUAAAUACAAGAAGCAAAGCUGCACACUACCCCUGGUGGUGGUGGAAGGGAAAGGCCCCAGCUUACUAGGGCGUAGCUGGUUGGAGAAAGUUAAAAUCAAUUGGAAAAAAAUCAAAGACAGUCGCAAAGCCUGUGAAUUGCAGCAUAUGAGAACAGAGACAAAAACACUACAGCAAGUGUUAAGCCAACACGAGAACGUGUUUAAAGAGGAAUUGGGCACGCUGAAAGGCACCAAGGCCACGAUUCACGUUAAGGCGAACGCAGUUCCUCGUUUCUUAGUCCCAUAUGCCAUUCGGGCCAAGGUUGAUGAAGAAAUAGACAGGCUGUUGAAAGACGAAAUAAUCACGCCAGUGAAAUGGGCAGAAUGGGCUGCACCUGUUGUCCCCAUUGUCAAACCGGACGGACAUGUAAGACUGUGUGGAGACUACAAGCUGACCGUAAAUACGGUUUCAUCACUAGAACAAUAUCCAAUACCACGGGUGGAAGACCUCUUCGCAGCGCUGUCAGGUGGAAAGCAAUUCUCGAAAUUAGAUAUGAGUCAUGCGUACCAACAAAUACUCAUGGAUGAAGAGUCCAAGAAAUACUUGGCGGUUAAUACACACAGAGGGCUUUUUACAUACAAUAGACUCCCAUUUGGGGUUGCGUCCGCCCCCGCCAUUUUUCAAAGAACCAUAGAAGGUCUCUUAAGAGGGAUUCCACGAGUGGCGGUAUACCUUGAUGAUAUACUUCUGAGUGGAAUGAACGAGGCAGACCACCUGAGAAAUCUUGAGGAGGUUUUAACUAGGCUGGAAGAGGCAGGGUUGCGUUUGAAAAGAAGUAAAUGCAUGUUCCUGCAAGAGGAAGUAGAGUAUCUGGGACAUAGGGUGGAUGCUCAGGGGCUUCAUCCGGUGAAGAAAAAGGUGAAAGCCAUCAUGGAGGCGCCCCCUCCCACAAAUGUCACCGAACUUAAGUCAUAUUUAGGUUUAUUAAAUUACUACAACAAAUUCCUCCCCAAUCUGGCAACCCUCUUGGCCCCAUUACAUGAACUCUUACGGCACAAUGUGCACUGGAAAUGGCUCAAAGAACAGGAAGAGGCCUUCCAAAAGUCUAAAGCCUUACUGAACUCAGCAGAAGUAUUAGUCCAUUACUCUGCAGACAGAGAUUUGAUAAUGUCAUGUGAUGCGUCACCUUACGGCGUUGGUGCUGUUUUAUCGCACCUGAUGGAAGAUGGCAGUGAGCGUCCUUUGGGGUUCAUGUCACGAACACUGUCGCCUGCUGAAAAAAGGUACUCACAACUAGAUAAAGAGGGAUUGGCGGUUAUAUUUGGUAUUCAGAAAUUUCACAAAUACCUUUAUGGACGAGCGUUCACCAUCCACACAGACCAUAAGCCGUUGAUCUCUCUCUUCAAUGAGAAAAAACCCAUACCACAAAUGGGGUCCCCGAGAGUUCAAAGAUGGGCUGUGCAUUUGAGUGCCUACGAAUACAACAUAGUAUACAAACCAGGAAAACAGAAUUCAAAUGCUGACGCAUUGAGUAGGCUGCCAGUGUCUGAAAUAGUGUGUGAGGAAGCGAAAGAGCAAGUCUUGAUGAUGGACCUUCUGGAUGACACACUGUUAGACACGACUAAGAUUAAGCGCUGGACAGCUAAAGAUGUGAUAUUGUCCCAAGUGCAUGCUCACGUGCUAAAAGGGUGGCCAACAGUGGUAGAUUCCAGUGUAAAGCCAUUUCAUCAGCGAAGAAUGGAACUAAGUGUACGGGAUGGAUGUGUGCUUUGGGGUGCUAGAGUAAUUAUACCCACCAAAGGUAGAGAGAAAAUUCUGAAGCUGCUGCACCAAACCCACUCUGGCAUGUCAAGGAUGAAAGGACUAGCUCGAUCGUAUGUAUGGUGGCCGGGAAUGGAUCAGGAUGUUGAGAGGGAAGUGCUGUCAUGUGAGGAGUGUCAAAAACACCACAAGUCACCACCAGCCGCACCGUUACAUCCAUGGGAGUGGCCAGAGUCACCGUGGUCAAGGAUUCACGUGGACUAUGCAGGGCCCUUCCAAGGUGAGAUGUUUCUGUUGAUUGUGGAUGCUUACUCCAAAUGGAUAGACAUCUACCCGGUGAAGACGUCCACUUCCCAGGUUACAAUAGAAAAGCUAAGGCAGAGUUUCAGUGUUUUCGGAUUACCGAAAAUGUUGGUGUCUGACAAUGGAACAUGUUUCACAAGUGCUGAAUUUGAGUCCUUCAUGAAACAAAAUGGCAUCAAGCAUGUGAGAUCAGCACCGUUCCACCCUUCUUCUAAUGGGCUGGCAGAGAGGGCGGUCCAAACGUUCAAAGGAGGGAUGAAAAAGAUGAAAGGUGAUUCGGUACAAACCAGGUUGUCAAGGUUCCUGUUCAGUUACCGUAUCACGCCUCAUGCGACAACAGGCCUGUCGCCGGCAGAGUUGAUGAUGUCACGCAGACUCCGAUCUGUUUUUGACCUGCUACUACCAGACGUAAAAUCAAAAGUGCAGGAAAAGCAACUGAAACAAAAACAGGCCCAUGACACAAGCAAAAGACUGAGAAGUUUCUCCACAGGGGAUAAAGUGUUUAUUAGAAACUACGCUUAUGGUCCUAAAUGGGUCCCUGCUGUCAUUCAGGAUGCCUCCGGUCCAGUGUCAUAUACUGUCAUCAUUGGAAGUGGCCAAAUAAUGAAGAGACACGUGGAUCAAGUGAGGGCCAGAUUGUCUGAGACCGUGCCAAACCAAGAGCCCGAGAGUGAAUUGGGACCGUCAUUAGAUUUUGAUGGUGCUGUGGGCUCUGGGCUUACAGUAAUGGCAGAGACAGAAGACCGUCCUGCGAGUGAGUCGGAUGAGCAGUCUACUUCAGUGGUCCAAGUUCCAACAGGUUCACCGGUGGUCACAGAAGUGCGACACUCAGAGCGGGGGAGACGGUCACCUCUGCAUCUAAAGGACUUUGUUAGAUAG